AUGCUAGUUCGACUGUGGAUUCUUCGAGGGCUGGAGCGACUCUAUGAAUCUGGCUUCGCCGGUCUCAUGGAAGCCUUGGAAGAUUUCGAAAAGAAUUGGCUGCGUAAUGGCGACGUAGCGAAGCAAUUGGAAGAAAUGGGCAUCACGUCAACCGCUUACGGGACACGCUGGUACCUGACCCUCUUCAACUACUCAUUGCCCUUUUCAGCACAACUCCGUGUGUGGGAUGUGUUCAUGCUUUUAGGCGAUGCCUCUUACUCGAAUAACAAGUCGUCAAGCUUCAGUGGAGACCUUGACAUACUGCAUGCAACGUCGGCUGCACUAAUCGAUGCAACGAGGGAGAUCUUGCUUGAUUCAGAUUUCGAAAACGCCAUGAAGGUGUUGACUUCGUGGGUGCCUAUCAAGGACGACGACCUUCUCAUGAAGGUGGCAAAAGCGGAAUACAGGAUGCGAAAGAAGCGAGCCAAUGCAGGGUGA